UCCAGGACCCCCAGCGUUAUGAGCCACGUUACCGUUUGCUCGGCCGAAUUCAUGUCGGGAUCCCUUCUCUCCUCAUAGAAUCCCGUCAGCGGCGCUUCUCUCAGCCUGGACCCCACUGGUGAUGCGGCCGGGGUGUGAGGCGACAACUUCACACGGCGCUCCAACCACCAUGCACUGCUGGCUGGCUGGCUCACACAGGCUGCUGUCCGGAGACUUCAGCCAAAAAAAAGAAAAUGACAAAAAAAGGGCAAAAGCUUCAAAGACGUAUGGGCUGUAUCCUGCCGAAAGAAGAGCAAAUGUGAAAUCGUCACUUUGCAAAGCAAUGGCAACGCUGGCUGGAGAGUUUCUCGCAUUCACUUCUAUUGAGUUUUGAAGGCUGUGGUGGAGAGUUGAUGUGAGGCUGCACUGGGGGAUUUAUGCAUGGAUGUGCUCUGACUGUGUGUGAAAUGGUGUGUGUGUUGCUGUGAUGGGGCGAGGUAUGUCAGUGUACAGUACCAUGCACGCUGUUUGUGAUUGUCUGUGUAUGUGUUGAGUGUGUGUGUGUGUGUGUGUGUGUGUGUGUGUGUGAUGUCAGGAGACACCAGCACCCUGUCCUGGAGGAGCAUGUCUCCUGCCAGCCAGUCAGAGUCCUCCGAUGCGUCUCCCACGGCAACAUUCACAAGGGACAACAUCUUUCCGGCCAAGAUCAUCAAAGUUUGUUUCCUUAGCAACAGUUCCAACUUGGGCAAGAACUUCAAACUGGUCCGAUGUGAAGAGGGUUGGACUGUCAAGUCUGUCAUCAAUGUGGUGUUGACCAGCGGCUGUGUGGGACCGGAGAUAAAGCACAACCUCUGCUAUGGCCUCCUCCUCAAGCACCUCAAGUCCUCUGAGAUCCACUGGCUGCACCCAGACCUGACCGUGUGUGAGCUCACCCAGCGCUAUGAACAGCAGCACCUGGAGGCUGAGUGGAGGUAUGACCUGAGGAUCAGGUACAUCCCAACAGACUUUAUGGAGCAGUUCAAAGAUGACAGAACCACCAUGCUCUAUUUUUACCAGCAGGUGCGAAGUGACUACAUGCAGCACUAUGCCUCUAAAGUCAGUGAUGGGAUGGCUCUCCAGUUAGGUUGUCUGGAAAUUAGGAGAUUCUACAAAGACAUGAAUCCAAACGGGCUGGAGAAAAAGUCCAACUUUGAACUGCUAGAGAAGGACGUAGGGCUGGACCUGUUCUUUCCCAGAGAGCUGAUUGACAGCAUGAAGCCCAAGCAACUUCGUAAGCUGAUCCAGCAGACGUUCCAGGGCUACUCCACCCUGAAGGAGGACCAGUGUAUGGUCAAGUUCUUCACUACACUGGCCCAGUGCUACAGCUACACACAGGAGAGCUUUGCCUGCCAACUGGUGCAAGGUUGGAGUCUAACAAUUGACCUGGUCAUCAGCCCUGAAGGCAUCAGCCAACAAGCUGACAAGAACUCAACACCCAUCUGUCUAGCCAGUUUUUCUCAAGUGCGCAGUAUUUGCUGCUCUGCACAGAGUGAUGGUCGAGCGCUGCUGACUGUCCACACAGAGGGAGCCAAACAGCCACUUACAGUGAACACCUCCUCCCUGGCUGUGGCAGAGAACAUGGCUGACCUGAUUGACGGCUAUUGUCGAAUGGAAGCCAACUCUGACACCUCGCUCAUCAUCCGGCCCAGCAAAGGAAGAGAUGCACGACUUGCACUGCCUGACAUCCCAAAAAAUGAUGGCACGAGCGAGAAACGUGGACAAAGUGUUGGUUCUGAUAUUUAUGCUGAGAUUCCUGAGCGCACAAUGAACUCUGAUAAGCACAUCCUCUCCAGAGAUGACAUUGUGGUGGGUCGAAUCCUCGGUGAGGGAUUCUUCGGAGAGGUUCAUGAUGGGGUUUACAAAAGCCCGACUGGGGAGAGGAUCCGUGUGGCUGUUAAAACAUGCAAGGAGUGCUCAGCAGAUGUAAAGGAGAAGUUUCUCAGGGAAGCUGUGCUGAUGAAGAGUUUGGAUCAUCCUCACAUUGUGCGUCUAAUUGGGGUCAUUGAGGUCGAUCCUGUCUGGAUCGUCAUGGAGCUCUAUGAACAUGGAGAGCUGGGGAAAUAUUUGGUGGAGCAGCAGUACACAAUGAGUGUUGCAACGUUAGUCCUGUACUGCCUGCAGAUCUGCAGAGCCAUGGCUUACCUGGAGGGACUUAACAUGGUGCACAGAGAUAUUGCAGUGAGAAAUGUCUUAGUGGCAUCUCCAGAGUGUGUCAAGCUGGGUGACUUUGGCCUCUCUCGCUACGUUGAGGAAGAAGAGUAUUACAAGGCCUCUGUUAGCCGAUUACCGAUCAAAUGGAUGGCACCUGAAUCAAUCAACUUCAGACGUUUCACCACGGCUAGUGAUGUCUGGAUGUUUGGUGUGUGUGUGUGGGAGGUUCUGUCACUGGCCCAGCAGCCAUUCUUCUGGCUGGAGAACGGACAGGUGGUCAACGAGUUGGAGUUGGGCGUUCGACUCCCCAAGCCGCAGCUCUGCCCCCCCAACCUCUACUCUAUGCUCACACACUGCUGGGCCUAUGAGCCACACCGCCGGCCCACCUUCAGCCAGCUGGUCUGCUCGCUGUGUGACAUUCACAAAAUGGAGAUCGAGCAGGAGGUGGACAACAGACGCGACAGAUCACGCUCCAUCCCUCGCCACUUUGACUCCGACACCACAGAGCCUCCACCCAAGCCAUCCAGACUACAAGGCAGUACCCUUCGUCGAGGUGUGCAAAUGCAGGGAGGAUACACAGACACCAGACCAGCAUGGGAGAUAGAGAGAGAGCGAGUGGAGGACACCUUACAAAGACAAAGACGAGAGAUGAUAAAGGAUAAAGAGUGGCUGGAGCAAGAGGAGAGACAAAUGGAUCCUGUCGUGCAGCAGGAUUCAAACCACAUCAAGCCGUCCAAGCAAGAAAACGAUGAGUUCAAUCCUCCAGAGAAGCCUCCCAAGCCAACCACAGACACACAGCCUCGGCCCACAGCGGAGCUGGACAGAUCUGAUGACAAGGUUUACACUGGAGUCAUGGCGAUGGUCAAGGAAGUGGUCCGACUCAAGAACGAUGUCAACACACUGCCCCCCUCUGAGUAUCCCAACGCUGUCAAAACGGUGGGUUUCACCCUUCGCAGUCUGAUUCAAAGCGUCGACGAGAUCCUUCCUUCCCUGCACAACUCCAUCAGGACAGAGAUCGAGGGGACUGAGAGGCUGCUAAACAAGGAUUUAGGGGAGCUGAUCAAUAAGAUGCGGCUGGCCCAGCAGAAUUCAGUGACUUCUCUGAAGGAGGAGUGCCAGCGGCAGAUGCUGGCGGCUGCCCACACACUGGCACUCGACUCAAAGAAUCUUCUGGAUGCUGUGGACCAGGCCCGUGUCAGGGCCAACCUGGCCAAGCCGAGGCCAGAGUCACCACACGACACUGUCUAACCAUGAAUGACAAGCGAGCUAAAAUGCCAAACAAGUUUGUCUUUUUAUAAGUGCACACUGAUAGGAAACUAGAAUAAUGGCACUCAGUUGAGUGCACACCUCCGCCAACGCUAUGCAGUUAUCAAGAUACCGGUAUGCCAUUUUCACAUCAUUUAGAUGACCGAAGGAAACUUUUAUUCUUACUUUCCAUGCUUUUGAGUCAAAGUCAUGUUUUUGGUUUAA